GCGCAAACACCAUUCUCUCGACUCCUCUCUCUCUCUCUCUCUCUCUCUCUCUCCUUCGCUUCUCCCAUCUCCGAAUCUCCCAAAUCGAUCUUCGACGAAUCGAUCCCACAAGCAUCGGAAGCGAGUUAUGGAGGGGCUUUGUCAGAGGUUCAGUCAUUUAUUAUUUGUAGCUUUCUUGCUUUGUUUGCCACCGGUUUUUGGGAUUAGGUUUGUGAUAGAUAGGGAAGAAUGCUUUUCACAUGAAGCUCAAUAUGAAGGGGAUACAGUUCAUGUGUCCUUUGUCGUGAUCAAGGCGGAUACUCCAUGGCAUUAUAGUGAUGAUGGCGUUGAUCUUGUGGUAAAAGAUCCUUCCGGCAGUCAAAUUCAUGAUUCUCGAGACAAGACCAGUGACAAGUUUGAAUUUAUGGUCCAGCGAAGAGGUCUCUACCGUUUCUGCUUCACCAACAAAUCCCCAUAUCAUGAAACCAUAGACUUCGAUGUGCAUAUGAGCCAUUUUUCGUACUUUGACCAGCAUGCUAAAGAUGAGCAUUUUGCCCCUUUACUGGAACAAAUUGCAAAGCUAGAUGAAGCUCUUUACAACAUUCAGUUUGAGCAGCACUGGUUGGAGGCUCAGACAGACCGCCAAGCUAUAUUAAAUGAAGGAAUGAGCCGCAGAACAAUUCACAAGGCGCUUUUCGAGUCAGCCGUGCUGAUUGGAGCGAGUGUUCUCCAGGUCUAUCUCCUGCGCCGCCUCUUUGAGCGGAAACUGGGAACCUCAAGGGUUUAAUCCUCUAAACCCUGUUAACUUAUUUCUUGUGUACUUCUAGAUUAAGAUAAGAAAGAUCAGAUGCGUUUAUUAGGCUUUAUAUUAUUACUUUUAGUUAUAUUGUGGAUUAAUAUUCCAGAAUUUUGUAACCUUAUUUUGUGAGGUUAUUGCAUUAUUAUCAGAUAAUGUACAUUGUCGAUCAGGUGAAUCACUUUUCCUGGAAUGUUGUUCUAA